AUGGCACACCUCCGUCUCGAGAAGGAGCUCCUGAACCUGAGCGAUGGCACCAGCAUCCGCAUCGCGAGAACACCGGGCAUGGGCGACAAGGAGUGGCAGGACACCAAGAAGUACCUGGAGGCUAACCCGGAAGAAGCCCGAAGGAUGGAGACCUUCUCUCGCGACGCCAAGGCUGUCCGCGCGUGGAUGCAGACGCAGGCGAUUACCGAGUACUACAACACGCGUCUCAGCAACGGCGACGAGGUAGUGACGAACAAGUUCAACGCCUUGGAGAAAAACCCAGAGCUCGCUGCCAUCUUCGAGGACAUCAAGCGUGGGGGAAACCAAGCCGCCAUGCAGCACUACCACAACGAGCCCCUGAUGCUGAAGAUCAGCAGAGCCAUGGGUGGCGUGCCGGAGGAAGUGACGACGGUGAUCAAGGACAUCCAGAGCAAGCCGAUCACCCUGCAGGAGGCUUGCCUCCGUGGCGACAUGAAGACCCUCGAGGACUACCUGGAAGCGACAGCCGGCGACAAGGACAAGAGGGACAUCGAUGAGAAGGAUGCCAAAGGGAUCAGCUGCCUCGCCUACGCCAUCGGGGCCAACCGCACCCAGGUAGUCAAGAAGCUCCUUGAGAACAAGGCCAAUCCGGCCGAGGUCGACAACAGCGGUGGCAACGCCAUCCAUUAUGCCGCCGCGUACGGAAGGAAGGAGCUCCUGUCGUACUUCAUCAGUGCCAAGCUGGACGUGAACAAACAGAACACGCAGGGCCAGACGCCCCUUGCCCUGGCGCAGAAGAACAAGAUGAAGGACAUCGUCGACCUCCUCUCGAAGAGCGGAGCCAAGUGA